AUGACACUUUUCGAUAAAAUUGUGUCUCGAGAGCUCACUCAAAAUGAAGCAAUUGAUCUACUCCGACAGUGGAGAGAGAAUAAUGAAAGAAAGAGCAAUGAAAUUGCAAUGAUCCACAUGUUCUACGACAUUUACAGUGGAAAAAUAAGUGCUAAUGAAAGACUGAUGUUAAAGGAGCAGCUGAUAUUUGCCUCUCUGGAUGUCCACGACCUCUUGACAGAGUUUCAAAUUGAUUUUUUAUUACAAGAGUUCCCUGCAAGCAUGAGGGUCAUGAGGUAUAAGGCAAUGGUGCGUGAAGCUAAAGAAAAGUACGAUGAAGCUCUAGAAAUACUGGACUAUAUUAUAAAAGCAGACGAGACAAACGCGCCGGCGAGAAAACGACGAAUCGCCAUAUUCAAAGCCCAGGGUCAAAUCACAGAAGCUAUCAAAGAGCUAGUGGACUAUUUGAAAAAGUUCAUGUCAGACGUGGAGGGGUGGCAGCAGCUUUGCGAGCUUUACCUCAGCGUGGGGGAGUUACAGCGCGCCGUAUUCUGUGCGGAGGAGAUGCUACUUCACCAACCGCAUUGCCAUUUCCAUCAUCAACGUGUCGCUGACAUACGCUACACCAUGGGCGGUGUUGAAAAUAUGGAACUUGCGAAAUCAUAUUACUGCCAAGCGUUGAAGCUAAAUCCGGAGAACAUGAGGGCCACUCUGGGAUUGUUCCUGACAACGACGAAUCUAUUGAACCACUACAAGUCUUCGGGGAACAGUGCCAAGCGCAAGGAAGCUUGGAAACUCAGCCAAUGGACGCAGACCAAGGCGGCUAAACGCACCGCCACAAAGAAAAUAAAACUCACCAAAAUGCUACUCAAUCUAGCCAUCACUGAGUAG